UUUUAGCAGUUGUUAAAUUCCACCCAGGAGAAGACCAUUUAUUCAUGCAUCUUCUCGAUCAUUUGUCUUUUGUCAUAUCUCCUUGCCAACCUGCCAGGGAGAUGGUUUGGCAUCUUCUGUCUGACUUCAUCCUAGCAACCCCUGUCUUGCAAGGAUGCACUGCGGCACGCUCAGUCGUUCCAUUGGACUUUUCACAGGCAGCGCACACGGCUGUGUUUGCCAGUUGGACUCUCUUGCUCAUCUGCUGGCCCUUGCAAUGUCCUUGAACAACCUGGACUACCUCAUCCUUUUGCAUGAGCAUAGAAGGGGCACUGCAUUUCUGCCCCAUCUCCUUGGGGGGGCAGGGAGGGAAGGACAGUAUCAUUCUGCAAGUGUGUGAAGGUACACUGAAGCACUGUUUGUGCUGUUGUCCGAGGUCAUAAAUGGAUUUAACUUUCAUUUUGGCUCACUGAAAAAAUGGAGCUAGAGGAUCUCUUGUUUUGAGCUAGUACUUGUGUCUUUUCAUGCAAAAUGCAUGCAUUGAGAUCAAACAGUUAACUAAUGGAUCAGCAUAUGGCUUCCAAAAAUUCCUUUGAUACUAGAAUCAAAGGUUUUGGGCAAUGCAUAUUACUUCUGCAGGUGCUACCGUCACAUCUGGAAAGGCUGAGGGCAGGCAACCGGGGUUUUCUUGCUCCUUUACAGAAGCCUCCCGAUUUUUUACACUUCCAUGGAGUAAAGAUGGCAUGUACAUGAAAUAUUCUGCUUCAAAGGAAAUCUGUAAUUUCUACCUACUGGAUUUGUUUUUGGUCGAGGCCAGGAAUCCCUAUUGCAUCUCCCCUGUGACGUAGCUCAGUGGUCACACACCUCACCCCUGUCUGGAGCUCAGCAGCUUGACUAAAGCGUAAAGGCAUCCAGUUCCUGCCUGAAGGCCUGAACUCGGAUCGCUAUCUUCUGACUUGCUAGUAAGCUCUUUAGCUGGCGUGCCAGUAACACUGUGUACUUCUACCUCAGAUUAGUACUCACGCUAGGAUGACUGUAGCUCCAGAUCCAGGAAGAAAACAGUCAUAAAUGUACUAUUUGUUUUGUUUCAGGUGCUGCCGGAGUGCUUGUAGGACACCCAUUUGACACUGUUAAGGUGGUACGUGGAAGGUUGUCUCUCUCUCACUCUUCCUCCCACCCUGACCCCUGCAGAGUCUUAUGUGUUUAACUUAAGGUGACAGGUCAUUUCACCAAAGCCAGCAAAACUACUAAAAUUCUGUGCUCAGACUAAAGUUAAACAUGUGUAUUUUUGCUUUUUUUUUGAAGUGGAACGACUUACAGUGCAUGAAACUAAACAUUUAAGUGUCUACAAAAUUGCAGCUCUACUGCUAGUAGUUCUAGCAGAUGUAUUAAUGCACAAAAAAACCAUGUUGGCUUCAGAAAAAGCAUCUUUAUGUACAGUAGAGCAGAACAGUUUGUUUCCAGAUAAUUUUAAUCAUUUUAUUACAUCCAGGGUGGCAGUCUGUAUUUUUAUACCAUUAGAAGGGACAGCAUUAUCUACCCUUUGUUAGAGAAAAUACUGAUUGUGUUACUAGCUGGCAUAGUCACUACUGUAUGUGGGAGAAGUAACACUAUAACCAGUCUCUUAAAAAAUAAAGAUAUUGUAUAAGUUGUUGUGUGUGUGUGUGUAUAUAUAUAUAUAUAUAUUUGUUAAGAUUGACCCUUCUUAUAGUUCUGCAGUGUUUAAAGGGCUAGUUGAUAGCCACAUGAGAUUUUAAGGUUUUAACAUAACUGAACGCUGGGAGGGCUGCUUAGAUCAAGCUAGAAUUUUACUUCCACCUUGACUUCAAGGUUUCUUUGCCAGUGAUCAUGUUUCCCAUGGAUCAAAUAUGAGAGGGGGGGAGGGGGAUGGUGGGACACGCAGGGAGAGAUUAAAUCUUUGAAGUUGCAGUGAGAAACCCGCAACUGAGCUGAUCUCAGAAAUGGUAAACUCCCUAUCCCUGGUUUGUUGAUGUAAUGUUUAAAAUUGCUUUUUUGCUUUUAACUGCCUUUACUUUCUGAGCUAGGGGCUGUCUUCAUUAACAGCAAAAGUGUUACUUUGUUGUAGAUGACAGAUAAGCCUCAUCACGGGAGAGUUACCUAGUAAGUAUAGCCCAGGUGAACACUUCUGUUUCUCUCAGUCUUAAUUUAUUCCAAAAUGUAUUAGUUCAAAUACAAAUCUAAAAGACAUAUGAAGCUUUUUAUUUUUAAACUGAUGUGUCCCUCUUAUACAGCUAUGACAUGGAGGGAGUGGGGUUUAAAUAUCCCUUUUUUUAAUGUAAAGUCUUAUUCUGGACCUUCUUUCUGGCAUGCAUUUCUCCCUGUAUAUGCUUCCACGCACAGUGGCUCUAAAACUAAAUAUCAGGCACAGUGCUGUUGAGCUCCUAUCCGUAACGUAUGGCGAACGUCUUCAUUGCUCAAAAACUUCUGAAUCGCUUACUUCACAUGCUAUUAAAUGUUUGGGGUCUUUUUUUUUUGUUGUUUAGUCUUGGAUACCUUUGUACAAGUCCUUAGUGAUGAUAAAUUACAGCAUGUUACUACUUGACUUAAAGCCUUAGUAGCAAUGAUUUCACAUAAAAAGGAAGUAAGAUGAAAUGACACACUGAUUAUCGGGCAAUGAAUAGAAUAGAAGGCUUAACUAUGUAAAUGAUCCAUCUUCUUACAGUUGUACAUGCUAAAUAAGAGCUUGUUGAAUAUGGCAGUAAUACUCAUGACAUAAACAGUUUCAUGUACAUUUAUCACCUUAUCUGGCACUCUGCCAAUCCCCCAGGUGAUCAAAUUAAAGAUCUGGUUUUUCAUUCUUAGACUUGGAGUGUCAGUACUUUAACUUUCUGAGUAUUUAAGCCUGCAACAAGGCUUAAUUGGGCAGUAUUUCUCAAAUUAUUUGGGCAAAAACAAUGGAAGCUGUAUGUUGGUAGGAAACCUAUACAUACAUAGUACAGAAUAUCACUAAUUCUAAACUACUUAAGACAAGUGUAUAGAAGAGUUAAAGUAAUCGGGCUCCUAAGCUGUAAUUCUCCCAAAGCCCAUACAGUUGGACGUCCCCUGACUUCACAGCCGGGGUUUAAAACAGUAGCAGUAAAACUGUAAAUAUGCCUUGGUUUGGGACAAAUAUGAAAGCUUGUUGAGAUUUUGUGACUUUGCUUAUGGAUCUGCUUCUUGAGCAGUUUUAAUAACAUCCCCCCCUCAACACGCACGCAAGCCAACGCCUGUUCUCAAACCUUUGUUACUUUGAGUAACAAAGACUUGUUUUCUUUGACUCCCGCUGCAAGCCUACUUUUAACUCUAAGAUAUGUUAAAACCCUGUUCUACCUUGAAAGGCUUGAUGCGAUUGUAGCAUUGGAGUUUGGCUGGCAUACACUAGCGUACAUAUGAAAGAGACGCUGAAACCUAGUUUUGAUUUACACAGCUUAAAAUGACAUGCUGUAGUUAUGUCAAAAACACUAAUACUGAAACAGAUUUGUUUUCACCUUUAAGAAAGCUAACGUCAAUAUGGAAUUCAGACAAACCAAGUCCCCAAAUCCAUCCUGUACCCACAUCACUUUCAGGGUCUUUCAUUGUGGUGGUGGCGUUUACUUUAGACAAACAGGGGUAAAAAUAUUUUAGGGUCAGGAAUCUUCCAUGUAGACCUGAUAAUCUUUUCUUUUGUUUAAAAUAAGUUUUGAAUUUUUUGGCCCUGGAGUUGCAGCAGUGUUGAAUGGUUGAUAAACAUCAUCUCUGAGGAAUGUUAAAGCUCUCCAGGCUAGAAAUCAAAGACCAAUUUCUAACUUCACCAAGCCAGCAAAAUCAAUUUGAAUUUAUUGCAAUAUAGGGCUUUGCAUGAACUAGGUAGCUUUGAGCCUUUUUUUAAUGUGUGAAAGACAAAUUCGUGGGGAAAAUUGAAUUGGACUUCUUCAUUAAAGGUUAAAAACUAUCUAGAAAAUGGGGCUGUCUCUUAAUGUCACCAGUUGCAGUAGCAUCUACCUGUCCAGCAGAACAUACUGUUUCAGUUUUGGAGAAGCUAAUUGAUUAUCUGAGCUGUAAAUUAAAGAGGAAUUAUACAUUAAAUUGUGUAUGGUAGAUGGAACACCUAACAGUAAAGGUCAAACAGCCACAACCUCACGAAUCGUUUGCUUUCAGCAGGUUAAAAAACAGACUAAGAUUUAAAGGGACAAGUGGCUUUUUAUUCCUUUGCUUGUGCAAUGCAAGGCAUCUUAAGAUUCUCUUCCCAUCUGCUCUCUGAAAAAUAAGAUCCCAAUUAAGUGUCCUAAGUCUGGCAGCCGGAGACACUAGAUUUUUUUGUUCUUAUUGUUGAAAGUCUCCGUUCUUCUGCACUCAUCCCUAUUUCAUGAUAAACUUGCAAAUAAACUUUUAUAAAAUUCUGUGUACCAUCAGGUACAGAUAUUCCUUAGCAUGGACAGAAGUAUUCUUGGCAGCUAGAUAAAGAAAGUACUCCUUUUAGCUAGUACUGGAAAACUUCUAUCUGAAAUUGUAGAGAAUGGUAUACCCUGUUGUACUUCCACAUACUGUUUUUCUAAUUUUUCACAAAAAGUUGAGUCAGUAAUCCUCCUCCCUUCAUAUUUGUGCUCUGAAAAAUAAUUCAAAACCCUUACAGAAUAUUUUUAAAUGAUUUUGCUCAUAUGGCAUUCUAGUGUCCACUCUGUGCUCUUGCAUACGUAUACAUUGCUAUAGCAAAUUUCCAUAUAUGUACAAUACACUAGUUUACCAGUUGCACCACUCUUGACAUACAAAUCAAUAUCUUUCUUAUGCAACUUUUUACAGGUUCGUCUGCAAGUUCAAAACGUAGAGAAACCUCUCUAUCGUGGAACCUUCCAUUGCUUUCAGUCCAUCAUAAAGCAAGAAUCUGUUUUUGGACUCUAUAAAGGUAUUGGGUCACCAAUGAUGGGACUUACCUUCAUUAAUGCACUUCUAUUCGGUGUACAAGGAAAUACACUUCGUGCUCUUGGAAAAGACACUCCUCUAAACCAGUUUAUUGCAGGGUCAGCAGCAGGGGCUAUUCAGUGUGUCAUCUGCUGUCCCAUGGAGUUAGCAAAGACAAGAAUGCAGCUUCAAGGAACAGGUGAAUACAAAUUAAAGAUGAAGAACUACAAAAAUUCUCUGGAUUGUUUGAUCAAAAUCUAUCGAAAGGAAGGGCUGAGGGGUAUCAACAGGGGCAUGGUCUCUACACUCAUGAGAGAGACACCAAGCUUUGGCUUUUACUUCCUGACCUAUGACUGUCUGACCAGAUAUUUAGGCUGUGAAGCUGAAGACAGUUACGUUAUUCCCAAACUCCUGUUUUCUGGAGGGAUGUCAGGAAUUGUAUCCUGGCUCUCAACCUACCCUGUGGAUGUGAUCAAAUCCCGGCUUCAGGCAGAUGGAGUUGGCGGAGUCACGCAGUACAGUGGCAUUCUAGACUGUGUCAGAAAGAGCUACCACAAUGAAGGCUGGAGGGUGUUUACAAGAGGUCUAUCUUCUACACUUCUCCGUGCUUUUCCUGUCAAUGCAGCUACUUUUGCUACUGUCACAGUGUUCCUAAUGUAUAUGAGGUCAGAAGAAGACCUUCGUGAAUGUGAGCCAGGCCCAGCAAUCCAGCAGCCUUCAAGUUUGUGAACGUUUCAUUUUUGUUUCCUUGAUCCAAAGCCCAGCUGGGGUUUUUUAAUGUAAACACUUGACCCACAGAAGGGGUGUAAAUAUAUUCUCUCUGUAUAAAACUUCUUAAAUGUGUCAAAUUAGGAUUUCAUCUCAUCACUUGUACAAGCAACAUAUGGCCUUACUAAGGACCUAAUAUCAAUAUCUAAUAGUAUCCAAGUAAGAUGGGGACCUGCCUUUAGAAAGUACUGUACCGAUACUGCUGCCUCCAGAAUAGGAGCUGGAGAAUGCCAUAGUACCAGAAAGUAGAUUUUCUUCCACCCAUGUUCCGAAUGUCUGAGUUGAAUCAAAUGCAGAAGUGUUUUCAGAAAAGAAACGUUCUUUUUGUAUAUGAGAGGGAUAAGUAUAGUCCUCUAAGGUGAAGUUGGGGGUGGGGGGGGGGAAGGAAGGAAAUUAAAUAUUGACAGCAUUUUGCAGGUAACCCCGAACUGUUUAAGACAUGGAAGAACGUUCAGCUAGCCACAUGCUUUACUUUUCCUCUGCUUUCGUGUCAGUGGUUUUAGUACUGCGUCUUUGUUCAUAUUGGUUUGCUAAGAAUUGAUUUGUUCCUAAGCUACUCUCUCACCUUUCAGCUUUACAUAAAUAUCAAACCCAGAGGGUAGCAUCUGCUCUCAUGUGCACUUGCUCCUUUAACUUUCAAAGCCAGUAAGGAUUUAAGGUAACUCAAAGCUAGCAAGAGUGGUGUUCUUUGCCUUCACCUCCAUUUUUUUUUUAUUUGCUGGAUGCACAGAAUGUAUUAACUAGCUUCAGCCCACGUAGACUUUGUUCUCCGAAGUUUGUAACUUUAUACCACCUCUCUGAACAUACAGCACAGCAGCCAGUGAUGUGUAGAAGUCAAAGUCCUACCUAUGUUACUGCUCAGAACUUAAUGGGUGCAAUGUUAGCUUAGCAGCUUUAAGUACUUCAGAAAUGUGUACAUCUUUAAUAGUGGAGGUUUCAUACCUUUCCAGAAAAUAGGGAUGUAAGUGUCUAAAACAGUUAGUGUUCAAUACUCUUGCAUUAUGAAUUUAAACAAUACUGGUUUUUAAAUGUUCAGUUGCAGUGCAGCUGGAAGGAAGAGUGAAAAGGGGUCUGGAGAAUUUUCUUGUUACCUUAAUCUACUUUAUUUUUAGCAGUCUGUUCAAGACAGAUUACUUUUAGACUAAGAGCUAUAAACUGUUAUUUAACAUUUUGAAUAAGAACCACACACAAUUUGGCACAAAUAGCCAGGAGAAAGCAGUGCACGUGUGGGUGGGGGAAGAACUGUUUUCAAAAGUAUCAAGCUAGGUCAGUAAGUACAACUUGUUACACUUUUGCUUGGGACAUGUGCAAUAUGUGUUUAAUUUAUAUGGAUUUUCUAAAGAAACCUGAAUUCAUAGCAUUUUGCACUGUAACAAAGUAUGCUGGAGAAACCUGUAAAACUGGUAUGUCUUUUUAUACCUUGGAGGUAUGGGGGAUGUUUUAGUGCCUACUUGCACUGAGAUUCAAAUUGAAUGUUAAACACAUCUACUAAGCUGCAUAUGCACAACUACUCAAAGCAAAGACAAUUUACACCUUUGUACAGUAGUCUGUAAGUAUUGUGUAUAAAACUGAAGUAAUACAUUUUUUUUUUUUUAAUUUUGA